CUCUGUCAGGCAGCUGCUUUAUAAGGACGGAUUACCCCACAGAUGGGCUCGGCUCCUCGUCGAACCAGACUGUCAUGUUUCAGUAACAGCAUGGUAUAGGUAAAGAAACUGAGGGCUCAGAGAGGUGAAGUCAACGCCCGAGGCCACACAGAUGACAGUAGACAGUAACUGUCCCCGAAGGCUAUCUCUGCAUGAGCCCGUGCUUGUCCUAUGAGGUAUCUGCUCCAGCCUAAACCGGAGGAAAGGCCUGGAAGAAGAGGCCACCAAACAACCCAACCCUCUCUCCAGUCCCUUGAUCUACUCGUCGCCAGCAUCUGGAGACCCAAUGGCCCAAGCCUACUGGCAGUGCUACCUCUGGCUUGUUCUCCUCUGUGCAUGUGCCUGGAGCUACCCAGAGCCCAACUACCUUGGAAGGAAAGAUGUGAGAAACUGUUCAACCAGCCCUGAGCGCCUGCCAGUUACUGCCGUCAAUACAACAAUGCGGCUUGCGGCCCUCCGCCAACAGAUGGAGACCUGGAAUCUCUCUGCCUACAUCAUCCCAGACACGGAUGCACACAUGAGUGAGUACAUUGGCAAACCUGAUAAGAGGCGAGAGUGGAUUUCAGGCUUCACAGGGUCUGCAGGUACUGCUGUGGUGACCAUGGGGAAAGCAGCUGUCUGGACCGAUAGUCGUUACUGGACUCAGGCUGAGAGGCAGAUGGACUGCAACUGGGAGCUGCACAAGGAAGUUAGCAUUUCUUCCAUUGUCGCCUGGAUCUUAGCUGAAGUCCCUGAUGGAGAGAACGUGGGCUUCGACCCCUUCCUCUUUUCUGUUGAUUCCUGGAAAAAUUAUGAUCAAGGAUUCCAAGACUCCAGCAGACACCUGUUAUCGGUUACAACCAACCUUGUUGACGUGGCAUGGGGGUCAGAGAGGCCCCCAGUGCCAAGCCAACCCAUUUAUGCCCUGCCGAAAGAAUUUACAGGGAGCACUUGGCAGGAAAAAGUAUCCGCUGUCCGAAGCUAUAUGGAGCACCACGCCAAGACUCCAACUGGGGUCCUUCUAUCUGCACUUGAUGAGACAGCCUGGCUCUUCAACCUUCGUAGCAGUGACAUCCCCUAUAACCCCUUCUUCUACUCCUAUGCACUGCUCACGGACUCCUCCAUCAGGUUGUUUGUCAACAAGAGUCGCUUUAGCCUCGAGACCCUGCAGUACCUGAAUACAAACUGCACAUUACCCAUGUGUGUACAACUUGAGGACUACAGUCAAGUUCGUGACAGUGUGAAGGCCUAUGCCUCAGGGGAUGUGAAAAUCUUGAUUGGGGUCAGCUAUACCACCUAUGGGGUCUAUGAAGUGAUACCCAAGGAGAAACUUGUGACAGACACCUACUCCCCAGUGAUGUUAAUCAAGGCUGUAAAGAACAGCAAGGAGCAGGCCCUUUUGAAGAGCAGCCACGUGCGGGACGCUGUGGCUGUGAUCCAGUACUUGGUCUGGUUGGAGAAGAACGUGCCCAAAGGCACGGUGGAUGAGUUUUCUGGGGCAGAAUACAUUGAUGAGUUACGACGGAAUGAAAACUUCUCCUCUGGACCCAGUUUUGAAACCAUCUCUGCCAGUGGCCUGAAUGCCGCCCUGGCCCAUUACAGCCCAACAAAAGAGCUGCACCGUAAGCUGUCCUCGGAUGAGAUGUACCUGGUGGAUUCUGGGGGGCAAUACUGGGAUGGGACCACAGAUAUCACCAGAACAGUACAUUGGGGCACUCCUACUGCCUUCCAAAAGGAGGCCUAUACUCGAGUGCUAAUGGGAAACAUCGAUCUUUCCAGACUUGUCUUUCCUGCUGCUACAUCAGGGAGAGUGGUGGAAGCCUUUGCCCGAAGAGCCUUAUGGGAAGUUGGGCUCAAUUAUGGUCAUGGGACAGGUCAUGGCAUUGGCAACUUCCUCUGUGUGCAUGAGUGGCCAGUGGGAUUCCAGUAUAACAACAUUGCCAUGGCCAAGGGCAUGUUCACUUCCAUUGAACCUGGAUACUACCACGAUGGGGAGUUUGGAAUCCGUCUUGAAGAUGUCGCCCUUGUGGUAGAAGCAAAAACCAAGUACCCAGGGGACUACCUGACUUUUGAAUUGGUGUCCUUUGUGCCCUAUGACCGAAACCUCAUCGAUGUCAGGCUGCUGUCCCCAGAGCAGCUCCAGUACCUGAACCGCUACUAUCAGACCAUUCGUGAGAAUGUAGGCCCAGAACUGCAGCGUCGCCAGCUGCUGGAGGAGUUUGCAUGGCUGGAGCGGCACACGGAGCCCCUAUCAGCCAGGGCCCCUCAUAUCAUCUCCUGGACCUCUCUGUGGGUAGCCUCUGCCCUUGCCAUCCUCCGCUGGAGUAGCUAGAGGCUCCUGAUUCUCCUGUGGACUGUUCACUUGCAUCUGGGGAUUCAUUUGCUUCUGCUCAGCUGUCCUCUCCUUAUGCCAUACAUGUCCCAAGGGCUACUGAUGGCUCACUACCUUGAAGCCAUUGGCCAGAUCCCAGACAACACAUUCUACCUUCUCCCAGAUGGACAUACUUUAUCAUGAACUCCCACCCCUGGGCCCUGGGAUAGCAGAGCCUGCUACAGUGAGUCCCUCUCUCCCAAAGUAAAGGACCCUAUAGGGUAACCCUCAGAGGGCUCCAUCCUAUCCCUGCCUGCUGGAGAAGGCCAGAGCUUUUGCCACCCACACUGACUCCAGACUUUUUAAAGGUGCCUCUGGCCACUCUUACCCAUAAGCCUACAGUAGCCUGUCUGCUGUAUUUGGAGAAGGAAGCGACUGGGUACUCUGGUCUCAAACUCCCACUGUAGUAUUGGGGAGAACAGAUAAGUUGAAGUCAGCUGUGGCCUGGAACUGAACACCUCAGUCAAUAAUGUGUACCUCUCCCCAUCUUACCCUACAUUUCAGCCCCUGCCUCAUUUAUUGAACCCACUGUCAUCAGUGGUUUCUCUGGUCUGGCCCUGUCUAGCCGUUAGCCACCUGGGCUCACAUCCUGCUAGAUGCUUAAAACAACUUUGCAAAGAUGCCUGCCUCUGGUUUUGCAUUGUGUCUGCUAUUGCUGUACUGGAGGAGGCUGCUGGUACCUGUGGCUUUUGUGGUGGGGGAGGAAGAGAAGAGGCUGAGGUGGGGGGCAGGGAUGUGAGGCUCCCAGAAUCUCAGUAGAGAGACACGUGGGAUUGAGAAUGUGCUCAUGGGCAUGCGUGUUAGUGUGUGUGCGUGCUUGUGCUCAUGUGCAUGUAUUCCAUGCCCAGCCAGCUACCCCGAGCCUGUAUGGAGGUUGUUACAACAUAAUGAAGGAGACAAGAGAGGCUUUGGAAACUUGUUAAGUGUGCUCCAUAAAAGUUGCAGCCAGCUCUUUUGUCUCAAGGGAGCACAUUGAAGAUGCGAACCAAGGUUCUAGGGGCCCAGUGUUGGACAAAGGCUCAGAGUUUGCCUGGGCUGGACCAACAAGGCCUAAUUUUCUGAAUGUGAAAAUGAUGUAUGGAGGCCGUGGAGAUGUCUCUGUGGUUAAAGCACUGGUUACACAAGGGUGAGGACCAGAGUUCCUAUCCCCAGAAAUCAUAUACAUGAGUGCUAGGUGGGUGUGGAGGCCUACCUAGAAAUCUACUCUCCCAAGGUGGAGACAGGGCAUCCCCAGAGCAAACAGACUAACUUUUGGGUUGACUGAGAAACCCUACCUGUCCUACCUUGAUGCAUAAGACAGAAGAGCCAUAGAAGAUGAUUUCUGAUAUCGACCUUCUACCUUAACGUGGGUAUGCGCAUGCCCCCCCAACACACACACAUACUACAGCCACCCAAAUCUGCUUCCAAAGGCCUGCAGAGCUGUCUUGUCCUUAUUGACAAGCCUGUCAUGGCUGAGCCUGAGAUGUCACUUGGUCUCUGAGAGCUACUACUGUUCCUAAAACGUCACCACAUCCUUACUCCAGUCACUGCAUUCCGCCCCAGCAUUCGGAGAGCUUUCUCUGCGCUGUCUUAUUUGAUCCUCCCAAGCCAUGAGGAGACAUUGGCACCCUUCUCGUUUUCAG